AUGAACGCGUCUGAAACAAGCGUCGGUAUCGACAGCCCGAUGGAGGACGGUGAAACCGUGUCCCAACCAUUGAAUGAUUGGAACGAUCUCGGGGGAGCAGGUCAGAAAGUAUGGGAGGAAACACAUCGGCAGCGAUGGGGAGUACCUAUGUUCAACCUAAUACAGACUCGGUGCGGGUCGCGAGUUACGAGCGCUGGGACAUCAUUCAAGCCGAACGGUCAAAGUCAGCAAGAUCGUCUCGAACGUCCUCUCCGGCAUAUUCCCAAGAAUCGAUCAGUGGCCCAGACGGUGGCAAAUGUUCCUAAAUAUGACGGUAAAAAUUCUCUAACGGAUUUCCUGCGCGCAUUAGAGGUUAAAUUCCCUUCUGCUCUAUGGACGGAUUCCGAUAAACGAGAUAUCCUUGUAAAUCACUUAGAGGGAAUAGCUCUAUCUAUUUACAAGGGGUUGCCACAUGCGGUUCGGGAGGGAACCUAUGAUGAGAUUGUCAGUGCCUUGAAGAUGGCCCGUAGAAACCCUUGCGAACGACUGAAAAAUGUACGAGAGUGGGAACAGCUUUCAAAGAGACCAAGCGAAUCGGUAGCCGAGUUCUGCUGUAGGAUGGAAGACUUGUCCCGAAGGAUACAUCCUAGCUCUGAAAUGGAUUUCAUAAGGGGGUCCAAAUUGUACUCCUGCUUGCAACAUUGGCAGAAUUCGUAUCACAUGUUAGCUGCCCUAGAUGUCCCAGAUGGUAACAUUUACACGGAGGUUAAACGGGUGGCCAUGCGGUUGGAAAAACUGCAG